AUGAAAGUACCUUGGACCAGGUUAAUCCGGUUCACAACCGCCGACGGGCGUGUGCUACGCGGCGAGCCGAUACUUCCCACCGAGGACUAUGAUCUGGGGAAAGUGACCGAGGCAGACCAACUGAAGGCGAAGGUGAUUAUUGGAGACGACCCUUUCGAUGCGGAGAAAACGGUUGUGAGCGACGAGGUUGUGACAGUCAAGACUCUGCUUGGUCCUCUGGCCAGAGAUGAAGUCCCGAUCUUGAGAUGCGUGGGCUUGAACUAUGCGAAGCACAUCAAGGAAGCAGGCAGGACGCCGCCUCCAUUUCCAUUCAUCUUCUUCAAGCCUAAUACCACGAUCACCGACCACGGUGCCCCUGUGGUGAUACCGAAGAUCGCACAGGACGAUCAGGCGGACUAUGAGGGGGAGCUCUGCAUGGUCAUUGGUAAAGACGCAAAGGACGUUUCGAAAGAUGACGCUCUGGACUAUGUCGCAGCAUAUACAGCCGGUAACGAUGUAUCGUCGCGAAAGCUUCAGCGAGACCCAAAUCUAGCCGGACGAGUACCGCAAUGGGGCUUCUCGAAAGGCUUUGACACGUUCGCGCCGUUGGGUCCUUGUCUGGUGGCGUCCGAACUCAUCGGCGACCCUUCAAAAUUGCAUUUGAAGACCAUCAUCGACGGUGAGGUUAGGCAGGACGAGAGUGUCUCUGACUUACUGUUCGAUUGCGCCUACUUGGUCUCGUUCCUAAGUCAAGGCACGACACUGCAGAAAGGAAGCGUUAUCAUGACAGGUACUCCUGGAGGCGUCGGGGCAGGUUUCGAUCCUCCAAGGUAUCUUGCACCCGGAACCGCGAUGGAGGUUGAGAUAUCUAAAAUUGGCACCUUGAAGAACCCCGUAGAAUUUGCAUAG